UUCCCGGCAAGGAGCUCGUGAAGCUCAACAACAUCACAGGAAGUCACGCUAAUACUCCUUCAACGUAAUAGCCUAAAGAUAAUUGUGACAAGCAAACGCGACAGCAACAACAACAAACAAAUGUCAUCAACAUGAAUUAAUGAGCCCUGAUGUUUAUGGGCCUUCUUCUGAAUUAUUAUAAACGGACGUGUUGAGUUUAACAAGGUUUAUUCUGGAAUCUGAGCGGAAGUGCUUCUGUGUGGUGUGUUGUGAGGACUCUGAUCUUUAAAGUAAACACGGUGUUUCUCAUUGACACGGUUGUUGUUGGUGGUGGUUUAAGUGAACAUUAGUUAAUAUAAUAGACACUUUAAACACCUUUGUUGUUGUUUACUUCCUCAGGUUAGCUUUGAUGUUAGCAGGAGAGGAGCUGUUUACAUUACUGUUCAACACAGAGGAACCACAGACUGUAAAUAGAAACAGAGAACAUAACAUACAGCAGGAGGAUCCAGGAUGGAGGACAGGUACAUCAAACCAGGUAACCAGGAGCGGGGCUGGAACGACCCCCCCCAGUUCUCGUACGGCCUCCAGAAGACCCCCGGACCUCAGAGGAACCUCCUGACCCGGAGGGCUGCCCCCCCGACAGCUGCAGGUGCUGGAGCCCCGCCUAUUACCUCUCCCUCCACCAAUCCUCUGGCUCCACCUCCAGGCACUGUGGCCCCGCCCCCUCUACAACCAGCCCGCCAUCCUGCCAGCUGUGUGGCCACGCCCCCUCCUCCCCUGGGACCAAUGAGAGACCAGAGAGAGGCGAACAGCAGCCAAUCAGAGAGCGAGCCUGACAUAGAGCGAGUGAUGUCACUCCUGAAGCGAGCGCUGAGCGCCUGCAGACACAGCGCCAGCGGUCAGGUGUGCAGUGAUGUGGCGAAGAGGCUCCGCCUCCUGGAGGACAGCUGGAGGGGGGGUCACCUCAGCCUCCCUGUGAGGAGACGCAUGGAGGCCCUGACUCUGGAUCUGCAGACAGGUCAGUGGGAUGCUGCUGAUGAGCGUCACCUCUCUCUAAUGGUGGACCAUGUGACUGAGGUCAGCCAAUGGAUCGUCGGCAUCAAGCGUCUCGUCGCUGAGACCCGGAAAUUGAGUCCAGAACUCCUAGAGCCCCUGAAGAACCUUCAAGAACCAGUCCAGGACCCGGCAAUACCGGUCCAGGACCCUGCAGUACCAGUCCAGAACCCUGUAGAACUAGACCAGGACCCUGCAGAACCAGUCCAGGACCCUGCAGAACCAGACCAGAACUGUUAAUCCUGCAGGUAUCAACAGUUCUGUUUACCCUCUGACCUCAGACUUGGACCUGUAGGAGGUCUACUUUCUGUCUCAGAAACCCUUCUCUCUCGGUUCACUUUCCUUUGGAGACAUUUAAAGAUGGUGUGCCCCCCCGUACCUCAGACUCAAUCCUGGAACUCUGCAGGACCUGGAGCCACAGACCUCUGCAGGACCUGGAGCCACAGACCUCUGUUCUAUCCUGGUCUCCUCCGGACUGUGUAAUAAACCUGGUUCCCUCCUCU